CCCCGCCACCCGCCCCCCCACCGCCACCCGCCGCACAGCCCCCGCCAGCCGCCGCCACCCCGGAGCCCACCCACACCCCCCCCUCCCUCCUCCUCCCCUCCUCCCCCACCCAAACCCCGCACCCCCACCCCAUCCCCCCCUCCCCGCCGCGCCAAGACCCCCACCCCGCCCCCUCCGCCCUCCUCCCGCCGCCGCCGCCGCUCGCCCACCCCGCGCCGCCGCUCGCCCUCGCCCCCUCCCCGCCGCCGCUCGUCCCGCCGCCGCUCCCCCCGCAGCCGCAGCCCCCCGUCCCGCUCCUCCCGCCGCCGCUCCCCCCGCAGCCCUUCGCGCCGCCGCUCCCCCCGCAGCCCCCCGUCCUCCUCCUCCUCCCGCCGCCGCCGCAGCCGCCGCAGCCCCCCGCCCCGCUCCCGCUCCCGCUCCCCCCCCUCCCCGCCGCCGCCGCCGCCGCUCCCGCUCCCGCACCCCCUUGUGGCGCCCCAACUCCUCGUCCCCCCCCUCCCCGCUGGCCCCCGCCGCGCUCCCCGCUCCCGCACCCCUCCCCGCUCCCGCUCCCCCAGGCCCUGGUCGCGCUCGUCCCGCCGCCGCUCCCCCCGCAGCCCCCGCUCCCGCCGCUCCCGCUCCGGCUCCUCGCCGCGCUCCUUCAGCCCGUCCCCGCGCCGCCGCCAUCGCCGCCGCCGCCACCGCGCCGCCCGCCGCAGCCGCUCCGACUCCUCCGGCAAGUCCCGCGGCCGCCGCAGCCGCUCGCCUUCCUCCUCCUCCCCGCCACCUUCCUCUUCCUCACGGGGGGCUCCACCGAAACGACCCCGAAACGCCUCCUCGCGCUCCCCGGCCACGCCGUCCCCCAAAGCCCCCAGCCCGGCCCCGGCCCCUGCUCCUGCUCCCCGCCGCCCCGGCUCGACCCAAGUGGGUGCCCCUGGCCGAGCUGCAGCCGCCGGACCCCAAAGCUGCCGCCCCCCAAGUGGGUGCCCAUCGGGGGAGGGGGCUCCCAGCAGAGCCUCCCCCCCGCAGCCCGCGCCCCCCGGCACCGAGGCCGACGCCAAAGCGGCCAAAGCGCCUCCCAACCUGCCCAAAGCUGCCGUGGCGGCGCCUCCGCCGCCUCCUGCGGGCUCGGUGGCCACCCCUGCGGGGUCAGUAGCCACCCCUGUGGCCUCAGUGGCCACCCCUAACGGCCUCAGUGGGCACCCCAACGGCUUCAAUAGCCACCCCAACGGCCUCAGUGGCCACCCCAACGGCCUCAGUGGCCACCUCUGUGGUCUCAGUAGCCACCCCUGUGGCCUCAGCCACCCCAGCAGGCUCAGUAGCCACCUCUGUGGCCUCAGUAGCCACCCCCAUGGCUUCAGUAGCCACCUCCAGAGCCUCAGUGGCCACCCCAACGGCCUCAGUGGCCACACCAACAGCCCUCAGUGGCCACACCAACAGCCUCAGUGGCCACCCCAAGAGCCUCAGUGGCUACCCCAACAGUCUCAGUAGCCACCCCAAGAGCCUCAGUGGCCACUCCCACGGCUUCAGUGGCCACUCCAACGGCCUCAGUGGCCACCCCCAACAGCCUCAGUGGCCACCCCAUCACCCCUCAAAGCCACGACAUCACCGUCCGCCCCCAAAACCAGCCCAGGGCCCACCGACACCAAACCAGUAGCCACAGAGGCCAAACUGGUGGCCACCAACCCCCCAGCACCCUCCAAAGCGCUGGGAGCUGUCCCCCAGGCGCCCAAAGUGGCCGUGGCACCAGCGCCAAAGGUUGCCAGCGAGGCUAAACCAGUGGCCCCUGAGGCUAAACCAGUGGCCCCUGAGGCUAAACCAGUGGCCACUGAGCCCAAACUGGUUGCCACUGAGGUAAAACCGGUUGCCACUGAGGUUAAAACCGGUUGUUACUGAGCCCAAACUGGUCACUGCUGAGUCCAAACUGGUCGCUGCUGAGCCCAAAC